GCUAUUUUUUAUUAAACUCUUUCCGUCCAAUCAUCACCAUCUCCUCCGUUUUUCUCUUUCCAAUUAAAAAGAAAGAAUUAGAAAAACUAAGUUGGGGAGAAAGCGGCACCCUUAGUACAAAUUCUCUCUCUUCACGUCUCUUCCUGUGGUGUGAUCGUGGACAGGGAGGUUUUUCCAUUGAAACCCAUAUAAAAAUUUCCGAGCUUUUAACCAGUCAACCACCCACUUACGAGCUCAAGCCGUUUAGCAUUAGUUAAAACAGACGUUGCCUUGGCUUUCUUGUCUUAGCAGAAAGUCGGUGCAAUGAAGCAGUCUUCUGAUGGUUCAGAUUCAGGUCCAACUAAGAUUCCAUGGGAAAAUGCCCCUAAAGAGGUGGGAAGUCAUAUGUGGGGGAUAUUAUCUGGUUCUGAUGCCUACCAAGCUUCAAGUGAUGCUAGCCUAUUCUCUACCUCCUUACCUGUUCUUCCACACGGAAAAUUGAACUUGAAUGAUACUGAAAAUGGUUGUCAAUCUCUUGGUGUCUCGCCUGGUUUAGAUAAGGUUCAUCAAAAUGUUGAGGGUAGUGAUCCACUUGAAGAUAUCGAAACCCAUACGCCAGGAAUCUUGCUUCCUGAUGAUGAAAAUGAGCUUUUAGCUGGCAUAAUGGAUGAUUUUGACUUAAGUGGGUUGCCUAAUUCAUUGGAGGACUUGGAAGAUGGUGAUCUUUUUGGCAGUGGUGGAGGCCUGGAGUUGGAGACUGAUCCACAGGAGAGCCUGAGUAUGGGUUUGUCAAAAGUCAGUCUAUCAGAUGCGAUUGUUGGAAAUGGGAUGCAUCAUUACAGUCUUCCAAAUGGUGUUGGAGCCAUAGCUGGAGAGCAUCCAUAUGGUGAACAUCCUUCAAGGACUUUGUUUGUUCGAAAUAUCAAUAGCAAUGUUGAGGAUUCUGAACUAAGAGCUCUGUUUGAGCAAUAUGGUGAUAUUAGAACUUUGUACACUGCAUGUAAACACAGGGGCUUUGUGAUGAUAUCUUAUUAUGACAUUCGUGCUGCACGAACUGCCAUGAGAGCAUUACAGAAUAAACCACUGCGACGGAGGAAACUUGACAUUCACUUCUCAAUUCCUAAGGAUAAUCCAUCAGAGAAAGAUAUUAAUCAAGGAACUUUGGUUGUUUUUAAUUUGGAUCCAUCAGUUUCAAAUGAGGACCUUCGCCAAAUAUUUGGGGCUUACGGCGAGGUUAAAGAGAUAAGGGAAACACCACACAAGAGGCAUCAUAAGUUUAUAGAAUUUUAUGAUGUUAGAGCUGCAGACGCAGCUCUCAAAUCAUUGAAUAGGAGUGACAUAGCUGGUAAACGCAUAAAGCUUGAACCUAGUCGCCCAGGUGGAGCUCGACGCAACUUGAUGUUGCAAGUGAAUCAAGAGAUUGAGCAAGAUGAAUCUCGAGGUUUUAGACAUCAAGUUGGUUCACCAAUAGCCAGUUCUCCACCAGGUAAUUGGCUGCAGUUCAACAGCCCCAUUGAACAUAAUAUGAUGCAUCCUAUCAGUAAGUCUCCUGGUUUCAGGGGCAUGAGCCCAACAACAAGUAACCAUAUAUCUGGUCUGGCUUCAAUUCUGCAUUCUCAAGCAUCCAAUUCUUUGAAAGUUGCACCUAUUGGCAAGGACCAAGGUAGGGGUAGUCUUAUGGAGCAUGCAUUUGCCAGUUCAAAUUCAAUACAUGGGGCUACCACUCAACAGACCCAUUCAUUUCCAGAUCCAAAGUUGGGGACUAUGCCUAGUUUUGGUCAGUCAACUUCAAAUGGCUCUGGUAUGGAAACACUGUCUGGACCACAGUUUCUCUGGGGAAGUCCUACCCAAUAUUCUGAACCUACCAAUGCUUCAGGCUGGUCAACAUCUUCUUUGGGGCAUCUAUUCGCAUCAAGUGGGAAAGGCCGUGGCCUUCCAUUCUCAAGUCGUCAAGGUUCUCUUCUUAGCUCAUCGCAGAACCACCAUCAUGUUGGAUCUGCUCCAUCUGGUGUUCCUUUGGAGAGGCACUUUGGUUUCUUCCCAGACUCACCAGAUAACUCAUUCAUGAAUCCUGUUCCUUUUGGAAGUAUGGGGAUCAGCCACAAUGAGAGGGGUUUUAUGGUGAAUAUGGCUCCACAUGCUGCUAUAAAUUCUGGCAUUAGUAUUCCAAGGAAUGUAUCUGAAAAUGGUUCAUCAAGUGUGAGACUGAUGUCUUCUCCAAGGCUCGGUCCUGUAAUAUUGGGCAAUCCUCCCUAUUCUGGAAUGAUGCCUACCAGCAUGGAGGCUUUCAAUGAGCGUGGACGUAGGAGGGUAGAGAAUAAUAGCAACCAAGUAGAUAACAAGAAGCAAUUUCAGCUAGACUUGGAUAAAAUUAUUAGUGGGGAAGACACUCGAACGACCUUGAUGAUAAAAAAUAUCCCAAAUAAAUACACUUCAAAGAUGUUGCUAGCUGCCAUUGAUGAAAAUCACAAAGGGACCUAUGAUUUUCUCUAUUUGCCUAUUGAUUUCAAGAAUAAAUGCAAUGUGGGCUAUGCAUUUAUUAAUAUGCUUUCUCCUUCUCUCAUUAUUCCAUUUUAUGAGGCAUUUAAUGGAAAGAAGUGGGAGAAGUUCAAUAGUGAGAAAGUUGCCUCUUUGGCAUAUGCUCGAAUCCAGGGAAAGGCAGCCCUUGUGACCCAUUUCCAGAAUUCAAGCUUGAUGAAUGAAGAUAAGCGAUGCCGCCCUAUUCUCUUUCAUUCAGAGGGUCUAGAUGGUAGUGACCAGAUCAUCCAGGAACACUUGAACUCCAGUUUGAAUAUCAUUCGCCAGCCAAAUGAAUAUGGAUCAAACUCAGUGGAUCCUCUGGAAAGCUGUAAAAAGGACGAUGCUGGUGAGGAGUCAGAGAGUUGCUAACAGCAUAUUGAAAGGAGUAUGCCCCCAUCCCAAAUUACGGGGCAUCAGGCGCUAACUAAUUCCAACAUAUUCAACUGUAAAAACUUAGGAAGGUGGAACCAGGUAUAACAGGACGCAGAUUUUGUAUAUUUUUAGUAAGAUAGCUUUAAAAGAAAGAUGCAGGAGCAUCUUUUUUAUGCACAGUUCAGUGCCUUGUGGUUUGAGGUUGGAAGGAGGAUGAGGAUAAGCUCAUAUGCAAAGUGAGUUAUACCUGUGCUGUAGAAUGCACAGUUUACUAGCUUCUGCAGAAUUUCUCCUUUCUACUGUUUCUUAAGGGCUUUUUUCUUCUUUUCUUAGUUUGAUGUGAUCUGGGAAUAGUUUUUAUCUGCAAAUAUGAUAUUUAUAAGGUAUAAUGGUUAUGUGUGUAUUGAGGGUCAGUUAUGUAACAUUGGAUAUUGGCAUCAGUGAUAAAAAAUUGUAUAGUUCGACAGAGAAGAUUUCCAUU